UUCCGCCUUGACUUCUGCUCCUUGUCGACAACCAUGACGAACCGCCAAUUUGCCAUUCCCCAAGAAUUUGCUGAUCAACUCCGAUUCCGAGAAGCAAGCGACGAUCGCGGAUCCGAUGAGAUCCUCUACUCAUUGUUCCGGUAUCGACCGGUAACGUCCGAGAAGAAUGUUUGGGCAUUUUGGCAUUCGGGCAUCUCGGCCAUGCCGAAGUGGUGCCAACGCAACGUUGUCGACUGGAUACGAAUCCUCGAUCGAUCCUGGACGGUGCGGGUGCUUGAUGCGGUGCCAACGUCUGCAAAUUACAUGCUGCAUUAUGUGCCAGCCGACAGUCUGAACGAAGCCAUGGUGAAGGGAACGAUGGCUGGAUUGUACUCCGGCCCGCACAGUGCAGAUCUGCUCCGAGGCGCCUGCCUACUACAUCACGGCGGGGUGUUCAUGGACGUAGGUUGCAUCUUGAUCCGGCAUCUGGAUCGGAUCUGCUGGAAGCAGCUAGGGGACCCUGCUUCUCCCUUCCAGGCGUCGACUCCAUUGAUGUACGGACUCGUGAUGGCGAACCAUUUUGUGGCGAGUCGAAAAGGCGAUCCCUUCAUUGAAAGAUGGCACAAGCUCUUUACUCAUCUGUGGAAAGACCGAACCAACUUCCAAGGGCUGGGUGCGGAUCCUUUGCUCGCCUUCGCACAGAACGCGUCGUUUGAUGACUCUCAUGCAAGCGACUUUCACUGGGACUUCAAGGUGUCGGCGCAAGACGUGUACCAAUACAUCACCCAGGUAAUCUGCUGGCAGCGUGUGUGCAUGCUGGAAGAUCCCAAUGAUGGCUUCGACGGUCCGGAAUAUUGGAAAAACAAUAUCCUCGUCUGGAACGUUCUCCAAGAGAAUUGGGGAGGUGAGGCCACGGUGGGUUUCGCUGGAUCGGGAGAGAAGAUGUUCGAUCUGCUGUCUUUGCGUCUAGAUUCGGAUCCGGAAUCUCCGGAGUACAAGGAAGCGUAUGAUUUGGUGUGGCGAUUGCUCACCAGAUCCAGCAUGCAAAAGGUCACGCAUGGGAAGGACCUGACCAAUUCAAUCCACCUCGGUGCACUCUGGGAUGAGAACCCUGGCAUGGACUGCCAGCCUGGCACGUUUGCCGAGUUGUUGAGAUACGGAACGGUACACUUCGAACAGACGCGAGAGAGCAUCGUGUAUGUGACUGCGCCGGCACCGCCCGAAAUCUUGAAAAAGGGGCUUCUGGAGCCCUGAGUGAUGUGCAGGAACGAGCAAAGACUCUUGUCGAUUAUCAUGCACGACUAAUUAGAGACAUAAACGCAUGUACCUCAUUCACACAUGAAAGCACGUGA